AUGUCUUCGUGUGAAGGAGUUGAUUUUAUCAAUAACGAUGACGUGACAUGGCAGUAUUGUCCGACAUUCGCACCGGCGGUUCUCUUUGCUGUGCUCUUCUUCCUUACCACUGGAAGCCACAUUAUGCAAGCCUUUACAUUCAAGAAGACAUUCUCAUGGGUCAUCAUAGUUGGCGGCGCAUGGGAAGCCAUUGCCUAUGGCCUACGAGCAGCUGGCGCAAAGAAUAUAUAUCAAAAGGGGUUCGGCCUGCCUCAUCAUAUCCUCAUUGCCCUAGCUCCCCUAUGGAUAAACGCAUAUGUCUACAUGGUUCUUGGGAGGAUGGUGCACUUCUUCCUCCCUGAUAAGAGAUGUUUCGGUAUCUCAGCCAGAAGACUGACGGUCAUCUUCGUCUGCUUGGAUAUCUUUGCUUUCCUCACCCAGGGAGCCUCAACCAGUCUUUUGAAUUCAGACUCUGCAAGCUCUAUCAAGAUCGGGAUCAACCUUUGUACGUUUACUUCAUUAACUCUUCAAACGAGUCAAUUCCCUAACAUGAGCAUAGAUAUGGGAGGUAUUGGCCUUCAGGAGCUCUUCAUCUUAAUAUUUAUUGGCCUUGCGGUUCGGUUCCAGUACAAGAUGGCCAUCGUCGAACAGACAGAGCAUUCCAAUGGUCCAUGGAGGCCUCUUCUGUACACUGUUUAUGCAACUCUGGUUCUGAUCACCAUAAGAAUCAUCUAUCGACUAGUUGAGUACUCGGGAGGCCUUCAUUCAGCUAUCGCCACAAACGAAGCAGCCUUUUAUAUCCUCGAUGCAACCCCCAUGUUCCUAGCCCUGUUUGCACUGAACAUCUUCCAUCCUGGUAGAUUCCUUGUCGGACCUGGAAGUGAGUUUGAGAAGAAGCCAAAGAAGGCUAAGAAGCGCAAGAACAAGAAUAAGUCGGGGAGUGGGAAAUGGAUACUGGAUGACGAUGGCCAGGGGCACUUUGAGGAGCUGCCCUUAGAUGAACGGGUAUGA